AUGACUUUUGAGGUGCUCCUGGAUCAAGUUGGUGGCCUGGGGAGAUUCCAGAUUCUUCAGCUGGCUUUCUGGUGUAUUGUAAACAUCCUGCUGUACGCUCAUAUUCUGUUGGAGAACUUCACUGCAGCCAUCCCCGAUCAUCGCUGCUGGGUCCACAUUCUCGACAAUGACACUGUCUCGCACAAUGACACCGGGACCCUCAGCCAAGACAUUCUCCUGAGAAUCACCAUCCCACUGGACUCCAACCUGAGGCCAGAGAAGUGUCGUCGCUUUGUCCAUCCCCAGUGGCAGCUCCUUCACUCGAACGGGACCUUCUCAAACAUGAGUGAGCCAGACACAGAGCCCUGUGUGGAUGGCUGGGUGUAUGACCAAAGCUCCUUCUUCUCCACCAUUGUGACUGAGUGGGACCUGGUAUGUGAAUCUGAGUCACAAAGAUCAAUGGUUCAGUCCCUAUUUAUGGCUGGGUCGCUUCUGGGAAGUCCGAUAUGCGGCUAUCUUUCAGACAGGUUUGGACGGAAGAUCAUAUGCAGCUGGUGCUUACUCCAGCUGGCCAUCUCUGACACCUGUGCAGCCUUUGCUCCCACCUUCUUCGUUUACUGCUUACUACGCUUCUUGGCAGGGUUCUGUGUCAUGACUAUUAUGGGAAACAGCUUUCUUCUCGUGUUAGAGUGGAUUAAUCCCCAGUCACGAACUAUGGUUGCAACACUGUUAUUAUGUGCCUCCAGUAUUGGGCAGAUGUUCCUGGGAGGACUGGCUUUUGUCAUUCAAGACUGGCGCGCACUGCAACUGACUGUGUCUAUACCCAUGUUUGUCAUCUUCUUGUCUUCCAGGUGGCUUGUGGAGUCUGCUCAGUGGCUGAUUAUCUACAAUCAGCUAGAUGAGGGCUUAAAGGAACUUAGAAGAGUUGCACACAUAAAUGGAAAAAAGAAUGCUGGAGAGACCCUGACCAUUGAGUUUCUGAGAUCCACCAUGCAGCAGGAGUUGGAUGAAGCCCAGAGCCAAGCAUCAGUUUUUUGCUUGCUCCGUGCGCCCAGACUGCGAAUGAGAGUCCUCUGCCUGAGCUUUAUAAGAUUGGCAAUGAAUGUACCCUCUUAUGGCCUGAUACUCAACUUGCAGUACUUGGGGAAGAAUAUCUACCUGUUCCAGGUUCUCUUUGGAGCUGUCACAGCCACAGGCAGAUUUGUUGCCCUUUUGGCAAUGAAUUAUAUGGGUCGUCGAAUAAGCCAACUGUUGUUCCUGUUCCUGGUAGGACUGUUCCUUCUGGUCAACACCUUUUUGGAUCAAGAAAUGCAGACGCUGCGUGUGGUUUUAGCAACUCUGGGAGCUGGUGUUCUUUCCGUUGCUAGUACCAGCCAUUCCAUCCACUACUCGGAGCUCAUUCCCACCAUAUUCAGGUCAACAGCUGCAGGAAUCAAUCUGCUGUUCAGUAGGAUUGGGGCAGCACUGGCUCCUCUGUUGAUGACCUUCGCGGGGUUUUCUCCCCACCUGCCCUGGAUUACCUAUGGAAUCUUCUCCAUCCUUGCUGGCAUUGUUGUCCUCCUCCUCCCGGAAACCAGCAAUCUGCCUCUUCCUAACACCAUCCAGGAUGUGGAAAAUGACAGAAAAGAAACAAGAAAAGUAAAGCAGGAAGAUACUUGCAUGAAAUUAACACAAUUUUAA